GCACAGUCGGCCACCGCAUCGCCUCCUUCCGCGUCUGUUAUCCUCCUCCUUUUCUAGGGUUCGGGUUAACGUUUCUUCCGUGACAAGAAUCCUAUUCCUCCUCAUCUCCGUCUUCCGAUCUCAAUUACUCCCUCCUCUUUCUCUCUCGAAUCGAGUCGAUCAUGGAGAUCGAAUGCUUGAAGGAGUUUCCCCACCCUCUGAUGGAUCGCCGGCCCCGGAAGCGCCCGAGGUUAGGGUGGGACGUUGACCCCCUUACCGCGGCCAAGGCUCAAAUAGGUAUCUUAUGUGGACAAGAAGUUAACUUGAAGAGCUUGGUUCCUUCGGGGGGUGCUUCAGAUCACACUUGUGCAUCCCAGUCUGCAAAGGAUCAGGAACGAGAUGCUUCCCCUCCUUGGAGAGGAGAUGAUAAAGAUGGACAUUACAAGUUUGAACUUGGAGAAAAUUUAACCUCUCGCUAUAAGAUUCACAGCAAAAUGGGUGAAGGUACCUUUGGGCAGGUUCUGGAAUGUUGGGAUAGGGAAAGGGAGGAAAUGGUAGCCAUCAAAAUUGUCCGGGGCAUCAAUAAGUACAGAGAAGCUGCUAUGAUAGAGAUUAAUAUGCUGCAACAGCUUGGGAAGUAUGAUAAGAAUGCAAGUCGUUGUGUGCAAAUACGGAACUGGUUUGACUAUCGUAACCAUAUCUGUAUUGUAUUUGAGAAGCUUGGUCCAAGCUUAUACGAUUUUCUACGCAAAAACAGUUAUCGCUCAUUUCCAAUUGAUCUUGUCCGCGAGUUUGCCAGACAACUAUUGGAAUGUGUAGCAUUUAUGCAUGACAUGCGCCUCAUUCACACUGAUUUAAAGCCUGAGAAUAUUCUUCUUGUUUCUCCGGAGUACAUCAAAGUACCUGAUUACAAAGUGUCAUCCCGAUCUCCGAAACAGGGUUCCUACUUCAAGAGAUUGCCAAAAUCAAGUGCCAUCAAGGUGAUUGAUUUUGGAAGCACAACUUAUGAUCGUCACGACAAUAGUUAUGUAGUGUCUACGAGACAUUAUCGGGCACCUGAGGUUAUCUUGGGACUUGGAUGGAGCUAUCCCUGUGAUAUUUGGAGCGUCGGUUGUAUUCUUGUUGAACUUUGCUCAGGUGAGACUUUGUUUCAGACCCAUGAGAACUUGGAACACCUGGCCAUGAUGGAGCGGGUUCUUGGACCAUUACCUUCUAACAUGCUGCGACUUGCAGCCCGAGAUGCCGAGAGGUAUGUUCGAAGGGGUCAUUUGAAUUGGCCUGAGGGUGCAACCUCAAGAGAGAGCAUGAAAGCUGUGUUGAAACUUCCUCGGCUGCAGCUUUUCUUUGUAGAAUCUGGUGAUGCAGCACUCAGAUCAUUCAGCUGGGGACUUCAUCGAUCUUUUACAGGGGCUUCUGAGAUACGAUCCUGCAGACCGAUUGGCAGCAAACGCAGCUCUCUUGCAUCCUUUCUUCACAAGAAAUCGCUAACUCAUGUAUCCAAUUGAGAGAAGGCUUAUGCUAACCUGCACUUUUUUGCAUUUACAAUGAAUGGGCGGUCUCGUUUGUAAAGUUUUGUAUAGCGGAUAUGAUAUUGUUCUCUGAUGCGUUAAUGAUUUAUUCUGGUAGCGCGUUUGUUCUCUA